UGUGUUAAGGCUUGGCAAGAGCCCGUUAAUCGCGCACUCGCUUACAACUCGCGAUGGAGUAACGAUGGAGUUUUGUGAAUAGGCGGUUAAGUAAUUCGAUGUCAAGGACGUGCAGAGCGUUAUUACGUUAGCGGAUUAGUUCACUCUGGAGGUUAAUUAGAUAUUUGGAAAUCCGAUCGGUGUGCUCAAAUUUUGUUGUUUUUUUUUAUCGAGUAAAUCAAAGACUAGCCAAGUUAUGGUUUGGCUAAGCGCGAAACAUUGCCGGCCGAUUGACACUUACAUUGCGUCAAUUAUUAGAUAGGAAACGUUUGUUUCUUCGGUACUCCAGGUAAAACACGCGAAUGUCGUUACGUUAUCUUCAAAAGGAACGAGCGGUAUAAUUAUUUUGCAGCCGUAAAGUCGUGCGAAGACGAUACACGCGCGCGUGUGAUAAUUUUGACAGUGGAAAUAUACAUGUGCACAAAAAGAAGAGCGUUACACUGCGUUUAGUCGCGUACCCGCGGACGCUCGCCGCAUCGUGCCGAGAAAAUCCAAAGCUUGUUACGCAUUUUUAGCAAGUUUUCCUCGGUUACUGACAACGGGCGUCAAUCAGCGAAUCAACGCCGAACGCAACGGCCUCGGUAUUCAUUGCACAACAAACUCCAUCUACACUCGACGAGUCGAACUUGGUCGACAUACGUAUAUAACGAGAGUAAAAUCUUGCCCCGCGCUCCGCGUGCGAAUCAGUUUUAGUUUUUAGUUUAGUUUUAAUAGAUGGCGGUGGCUCCCUUUGCGAGCGCGAUUUUUGUUAUUAUAACGCUGUCGGGGAGAAGGACCCAUCUCUAGAAGCAUCCGGACUAUUUAAACAUAGUGUUUUAAUCGCUUCUAUGAAAAGAGCGUCAAAGAGUAACUAGAGUGCCAAUAUAAAUAUACUGGACCGAAUUUGAGUCACCGGAGCUACAAUCAAUCCUGGCACGUACAUUAUUUAAAAGAAGCCCAAACUCCCGCAUGACGGACUGACGUGUUUUAUCCGCCAAGCCACCGCGGCUCGUGUGCAAAUCUUGCGCAAUGCCGUGCCAGCUGAUGCCGCCGCCGAGUGCUUCGGAUCACGCCGAUUAGCCCCCGCGGCUUAAUUAUUAACGUCAGCACGCUGUUUGCGAAGCCGCCGCGUGAUUCGAUCGUUUGCCAAAGUAACAGCUGUCGAUGCGUCGGCGUCUCUCGGCGAUUCUCAGCUGCGACAUUUGCCCGGAUUGCACGCGCUGUCGGUGUAGACCAGUCAGUGAGUGGAGUAGACGCUACGUUGCCUUUUCUUUCGAACAAGAGCGGUUCAAGGUAUUCAGCUAAACAUUUAUACUAUGAAAUUCAAAAAGCAAUUGGCUGCCAAAAUUACUCCAGAAUGGAAGAAGCAAUACAUAAACUACCAAGAGAUGAAAGAAAUGCUGGUUAAAGCGGUCAAAGAAGCGCCUUCUCCAGAGACAGCCAGCCCCGACAUGGUCAUUCAAUAUUUCACGUCGUUCGAUCAAUUAUUUUUCUCCCUUUGCGAGGAAGAAUUAAUGAAAAUCAACGCAUUCUACGGUGAACAUUAUUUAGAUCAACUGGUCGAAGCGACGACAAGAUACGAGACUCUUCGAAGCGCACUGAAAGCCACCUUGGAAAUGACUAACCACAAGAACAAAUCCACCUCGAGCAAGCAACUGCAAAGACUGAAUGAAGCGUUCUCCGAGUUCUACUACCUUCUCAACCUUUUACAAAGCUACCGGGAUCUCAACUACGCGGGAUUCGUCAAGCUACUCGCCAAACACGAUAUAUUGCUGUCUGUUGAAUCCGGAUCCGCGUGGAGAGUAGAACGCGUCGAUCGUGCGCAAUUCUACUCUUCCGAGCAAGUUGAAAAACUGAUCCAGGAUACAGAGGCAACUGUGACAGAUGUGCUAACCGGUAAUGAUCGUCGACGAGCCGUGCAGAUGUUGAAAGUGCCAAGCGACAAUCAGCGACAAGGAUUCUGGCUGGCUUUCAGGAUUGGCAUGUUCGCCGCCAGUUUCGUACUACUUUCAACUGCCGUUGUACUGUCAAUACUGUCCUGUAACGGUAACGACAAUCUGCAAGUAGCCUUCAAGCUCUAUAGGGGGCCCCUUUUGACCCUUCAGCUUCUCUUUCUCUUUGGCAUCAACGUCUAUGGUUGGCGAAUCGCUGGCGUCAAUUAUGUUUUACUAUUCGAACUGGAUCCUCGAAGGCAUUUGACGGAGAAACACAUCGUCGAAAUUGCGCUGAUGUUGGGCGUCAUGUGGAAUCUCAGUCUAUUGGCUUUUCUACGUAGUCCAAUUUUUAAUAUCCCGCCUUACGUUCAUCCUCUGGCUUUCUUCGUUUUCUUACUAAUGUUUAUAGUAAACCCUGUCAAUGUACUUUACCGGGAUACUCGGUACUGGUUCAUAAAUAUUGUCGUAAGUCUUAUUCAACAGUGGAUGUUUCGAGUUCUCACGGCGCCUAUCACUUGCGUCAACUGUUCAGAUUUUUUACUAGGGGACCAACUAAUCAGCUUCGUCACACCUUUUCUCGAUUAUCACUUUUUGAUCUGCUUUUACGCUUCAAACGAUAAUUGGUGGACGGCAUCGAAUACAACUUAUUGUACUAAAGGUUGCCUCAUCACCAGAACUAUCGUUAGUCUGCUACCGGGCUGGUUCCGAUUCGCUCAAUGUGUUAGAAGAUACAGAGAUACAAAAGCUGCCAUUCCACAUUUAGCAAAUGCUGGAAAAUAUUUUACCAUUAUUAUGGCUUGGAUUAUGGCUGGUUUACGCGAAGGUUUCGAAGACCAAUUAAAGAAUAUAUGGCAAGGUCCGUGGUUUUGGAUUUGGUUUACUAGUAAUUUUAUUAUGGCCACGUACUGCUUUUUCUGGGAUAUCAAAAUGGAUUGUGGAUUCUGGGAUUCUAAUGCAAAGAGAAACAAGCUUUUGAGGGAUGAAUUGAUUUACCCUUCGAUUAGUUUGUACUACUUGUUUAUGGUUCAAGAUUUCAUCCUGAGAUACAUAUGGAUUUUGUCACUGAUACUUAACAAAAAUGGAAUAGUGACUAGCGAAUCACUGACAUCUAUUAUGGCAUCUUUAGAAAUUUUCAGAAGAUUUAUCUGGAACUUCUUUAGAAUGGAAUACGAACAUUUAGGUAACUUGAGUAAAUUACGCGCGGUAAGAGAUAUCCCCGUCAAAACCGCCAAAGAUUCUAAUAACAAAAUACAAAUUUAAUGCACAAUUGGAGAAAAUAAAUACUACAAUCGAGAGCUGCGACAGGAUACAGCAUUCAAUACUUGGCAGUUUAUAGUGUAUUUAAUAUUGUAGCAUAUACUCAAUAAUUGUGCAUUUAUAGAUUUUUUGUUAUUUUAUUAUUUUUCUAGUGCGGAAAAUAGUUGUAUUCUAACAUUUUCGAUAGAUUUAAUUAUACUUCUGUUUUACAUUCUGAUAUUUUACACUCCGAAUUGCUUUUUAUUACCAGAUGCUGUACUUAUUUUUUAUAUUUAAAUAUUGUGUAUGGAUAGCACAAAUUUUCUUAUUAUAGUACCAUGUAAAAUAUCUAAAGAUUAA